GGCGGGCCCUUCCCGCCCGCGCUCCCUCUCGAGGCUGGCGGGGGCUGGGGGCGCCAUGAGGCGCCACGCCGGCCUCGCAGGCGACGCGCAGAAGGCUGAGACCAAAGAGGAGUUUGUUAAAGUUAGAAGGAGGGAUUUGGAAAGGCUGACAACUGAGGUUAUGCAAUUGCGGGAUUUCUUACCGAAAAUAGUAAAUGAGGAUAUCCUGGGGACGUUCCAGAAACUAGAAGCUAUUGAAUCAACCAUGGAGAAAAAGGAGGAGGAAACAGUGCAGCUGAAAAUGGAUUGUGAACACUUCAGAGCCCGUCUGGAAACAGCCCAGGCAGAUUGCAUGAGAGAGAAGGAGGAGAAACUAGACCUCCGCCAGCAGCUGAAUGAGGCCAAGCAACAGCUUCUGCAGCAAGCAGAGUAUUGCACAGAAAUGGGUGCAGCUGUGUGCACGUUGUUGUGGGGUGUAUCUGGCAAUGAGGAAGCUGUUAAAACCAUUCUAGGAGGAAGUAAAGUAGUAAAGUUUUUCACAAUGACUGCACAGACCAUGGAGAGCUUUGUGAAGUCACUAAGUGAAGACAUGAAACAGCAGGAUUUGGAUUCUGAUGAAAAUCAGUUCGUGUUAGCUUUGGCAGGGAUUGUAACAAAUGUGGCUGCGUUGGCAUGUGGCCGUGAGUUCUUGGUUAAUUCAAGUCGUGAAUUACUGGACACAAUGAUGCACCUCCUGGGACAUGUGAAGCCGGGACUCUGUACCAAAUUUAAAGUGCUAAUGCUAAUGUCACUUUACAAUGUGAGUAUCAACUUGAGAGGCUUGAAGUAUAUCAGUGAAAGUCCAGGCUUUAUUCCUUUGCUUUGGUGGCUAUUGAAUGAAUGGUGCUUUUCUUAGAGGGAAGAAGAAGUGCCUUGAGUUUAAAGGCUAUCCCAAGAACCCAUGGACUGGGACAAGACAUGCUGAUGCUGUAAUUAGUAAAUACCCACUGCAAGUGACAGCUAAAGAUUUAUAGCUGCCAUCAGAGGUUUCAGCAAGAGGAAAAGCACCAAAGCACUUACAGUCACCACCAGCACAACAGUUUUCUGUUGUUUACUGCAUUUUUCUCCACCCUCCCAGCAGGGCCCAGCUAUCAUUUCCUUUGUGCUGCAGAUCUGGUAAAUAAUUCUAUACUGACCUGUUGUGGCAGAAGUCAUGUAUGAAUGUGCCGGUGGGGAAAGAGUUAUGUUAUUUUAGUAGGUUAACAAGCCCGUAUAGGCUUCUUUGCUGUCAGCAUUUGGCCUUCUACCAAGCAUAUGAUUGUUCUGUUAUGCUUUCUGUUCCUAUUCCGGUGGUUUAUGCAGGUUGGUGUUAGCACUGCCUAUAGACAGCCAAAAAGCAGGAGAAGAGCACCCAUGCUGAAUGGCCUCCCACUCACUUCUAGAUGGGUGCCUCACACUUGUCCUUUGGAGGCAGGAAAGAGCUCUGCCCCCUGGUAGAAAGGGCAGGCAGGUGCCUGCAGGUGGGUGGUUAGGGGCUAGAGCAGUGCUCCCCCAAUUUUAGCACGAGCACUGACCAUACCUGAGGGUAUAAUCUGAAAUCUGUGAUGCACAUGCACGCAAAAGGAGAGCUUGUUUUGUGCUGUUGCAAGUAGCAUGUCUCCCAAACACAUUACCAGCGAGGCAACAUGUCUAGUGCUUGAUUGGCAUUGAUGCCUAAGAUGAUAUGAGCUUGGCCAGAGAUGUUACUGUGUUUGGACACCUCUCUCA